UUGCGAGGAGACCUUGAAGGUAGCAGCGACCUUGCGUUUCAUUUAACUGGAGGGAGAACGGAACAAUUUCCAGUGGUGAUGGAAUAUAGCCCUAGAUAAGACUUAUGCAUAGAACUAAGCACAGGUCUUUUCAAAUGCUGGAUUUUUUCAGGCAUCGCCACUAAAACGGUUAGAAGAGCAGAUUUUUCCCCUGCUCUGCCACAACAGGCUACCUAGCUAUACUGUUAGCAUCGUAAGCUGCUCCACUUGAAGGAAUCCCUGAGUCCUAUUCAUGAUCUAUAGACAGUCUAUGACACCACAGAGAUAAGCAAAAUGACCUCAGCUUCAACUAAAGUUGGGGAAAUCUUCUCUGCAGCUGGAGCUGCUUUCACCAGACUCGGAGAGCUCACCAUGCAGCUUCAUCCAGUGGCAGACUCCAGUCCUGUGGGGUAUGUGACCCUCAGUGCUCUGAAUGACUCAGAUGUCAACAGUGAUCUUGUGGACAUUGAGGGACUGGGCGACGAAUCGAACUCCAAAAAACUCAACAGCUUUGAUCAAGAUAACCUGAACCUGGACUCCAGCCUCAUCAUGAAUCCCAGUGACCUUCCUCUGCUCUCCCGUUGACCUUUCAUUUCCUGUGGAUUUGAUAGAAAUCAUCUUUUGGGCCAGAUGAUGCCGACCGUCCACAUUAGAGUAAAUAUAGUACUGAAUAUUGUAUCAGGUCAUGCAGGAUUCCUAUCACAACCAACAGAUCCCACAAUUGUGAGGCUUGUUGGAGACUUGAUAUUAAAGUCCCAGAAACACAGCCAGUUCUCUUCAGGUAUAUUGUAAAAGUAAGUCAUAAAAUGAAAACCCUAAACUCAAGGUCAACUUACUAGAUUUUUGGUGCUUUCAAGCACAUCCUAAAGUUCAAAAAUGCAAUUAGCCUCUAUUACAUAAACUGUUGCUUAGCUGUAGAGGUGUUGUCAUUUUUAUAUUUCUCUGUAGAGGUCUUGUAGCAAUAACCUGUAUUUAUAACAGACUUGGUUAUAAAACUUAAUCAUGGAAGUUCAAGUGCCAAAACAAGUGAUUUGUUUGUUUGUUCUAUAAAUAUUGUAUAUAUAAACUGAUGGAUGUGCUUUCUCCUAUUUGACAUUACUGCAGAGCAAUUUUCAAAGCAUGCUGUACUGCUUUGCAUUUUGUUUCCCUUUUAAGUCAGCUGUUAGUUUCUGUUCAUUUCAAUAUAACUUAUUUGAGUUUGGCAGUCCAUCAUGUCUGUUUUCAUUGCUAAGUUACCAUGAGACAGUAACACAAUCAUAAAUACAGCCAGUAAAUACCGUAGUCACUCUACACUGAAGUCUGCUGCGGAAUAACUGUUUCUGGUUUAAAAAAA